UCUUAAAGGAAGAACAAGAGGACAGGAUCUGAAGCCGAAAGAAUCUCUUUUUCCCUGCAGUAUUCAGUUUUAUGGUGCGUAUUACUAUCACAGGGUAGUGCGCAAUUACGCAUAACCAGAGAGAGAGGGGUCAUUACAUUGGUUAUUAAUAUAAGCAGCGUAAAAUCGCAGUAUUUUUGAUCGUGGAUUUUGACUUGCGCGGGUGCUUGAAGAAUGACUGCUGAAGUCCAGCAGCCCUCUGUGCAGACCCCUGCUCACAGUAGCCCCAUGUCGGAGAAACCGCACGGACAGACGCCUGUGAUGGAGACCUCCUCUUCCUCAUCCAGCACCAAAACAAAAAAGACGAACGCUGGAAUCCGUCGUCCUGAAAAGCCUCCGUACUCUUAUAUCGCUCUCAUUGUCAUGGCCAUCCAGAGCUCUCCGACCAAACGACUGACUCUGAGUGAAAUUUACCAGUUCCUCCAGAGCCGCUUCCCGUUUUUUAGAGGCUCGUAUCAGGGCUGGAAAAACUCAGUGCGUCACAAUCUGUCUCUAAACGAAUGCUUUAUUAAGCUGCCCAAGGGUUUGGGUAGACCUGGGAAGGGUCACUACUGGACAAUAGACCCGGCCAGUGAGUUCAUGUUCGAGGAGGGAUCUUUCCGCAGGAGGCCGCGGGGAUUCAGGCGCAAAUGUCAGGCGCUCAAACCUUCCAUGUACAGCAUGAUGAACGGGCUGGGAUUCAAUCACAUACCCGAAUCCUAUAACUUUCAGGGGGGCGGCGGGGGCCUGUCUUGUCCUCCAAACAGUUUACCUUUGGAGAGUGGGAUUGGGAUGAUGAAUGGACAUUUGGCCAGCAAUAUGGAAGGAAUGGGCUUGGCAGGACACUCCAUGUCUCAUCUAUCAACGAAUAGUGGACAUUCCUACAUGGGCAGUUGCACGGGAUCCUCGGGGAGUGAGUACCCCCACCACGACAACUCUGCAUCGCCGCUUCUUGCCAGCGGGGGAGUGAUGGAGCCGCAUGCCGUGUAUUCUAGCACAGCCUCGGCCUGGCCUCCAGCGCCCCCGGCCUCUCUAAACAACGGGGCGUCUUACAUCAAACAGCAGCCGCUCUCUCCGUGCAACCCUGGAGCCAAUCCGUUGCAGCCAAGUUUACCCACACAUUCUCUGGAACAGUCCUAUCUGCACCAGAAUGGCCACGGAACCACCGACCUUCAAGGUAUACCGCGCUAUCAUUCCCAAUCUCCCAGCAUGUGUGACAGGAAAGAGUUUGUCUUCUCUUUUAACGCCAUGACCUCUUCAUCGAUGCAUUCGCCAGGGAGUAGCUCGUACUACCACCAUCAGCAGGUCUCCUAUCAGGACAUCAAACCCUGUGUGAUGUGACAGCACUGUUACAUGCAACUACUCUAUGCAACGACGAGCAACAGCGUAAAUAGACCCAUAUGAACAAUGGAGAAGUCUGUAAAUGGCUCUUUUGGAAAGGGACAUGGAAAACGGAAUUAAGAAUUGUCGUUUAUUACUAAUCAGAACUUGGCAAUGGAAAAACAUUGUUAGAAAAUUACAAACUCAGCUGAGGAGCACUUCAUAAAGGCCGAUUCGCUCUUUCUAGAGAUUUCAAAAUGGAAAUGGUCUCUGCAAAUAAGGCCGGGGACAAAAUAAAAAGCAAGAGCAUCUCCUUUCCAACAGCUCGGUACUAACUCUGCUGGCGGAUGACUACCACACUCGGAGAUGCAAAGAUGAGUGAAACGCUCAAAUGUUGAUAUAUUGUUCUUAAAGUCGAGUUUGUAUGAACGUUUUUCCACAAUAAUUUUCAUUUCGCUUUAAAUGGUGAAAACGUAAGAACGCGAAAUGAAGGCACUUUUAAACCCUAAAGCGCAAUUUAUUUAUUCUUGUCAAAUGUUUAAUGUUAGGCUACAGUUACAGCCACAGUAUUGACCGCUUUAUUGGCAAUAUUUGCCCAAUGUAUCAUGAAGGUUAAAUAUAAGCACUGUUAGUUAUUUCGAUUUUUUUUUAUUUAGUUGUACAUAUAUAUAUUGACACGUCUUAUUCCUCAAGCACUGUAUAAACUGUACAUGAUGUAGGAAAUAUCUAUUAGUAUGAUUUUUCCCUGUUUCAAUUACUUUAAACAUUAGUUGAUGUAAUACUUCAGUUCUACUGAAAAUUAAAAAAAAAAAAAAAAAAAAAAAAAAAAAAAAGAUUGAAGUUUGCAAUACCUGUUCAAAUUAUGACUUUUCUAAACAAUAUAUAUUGUUUAUGUUUUGUGGAUUUAUUUUUUAUAGAAUCCUAUAGAUUUGUGAAUUAAAUCUCUGCAGUAUUCUUAUGAUAUUAGGCUUAUGAUUGUAGAAUUUAAAGACAUAGGCCAUAAUCCAUGACCCAUAAUGCCGAAUGAAGAUAGUGCGAACUUCAAUAAUAUUAAGUUUUAGCAUAUUCUUCAUGACUGAUUUUAAUCCAGGAGAGAAGCUGACUAAAAAAAAAAAAAUUAAAUUAAAUUAUACCUACAAAACCAAGCUAUUUUAUAAUUCGAGGGCGUUCACUAGUAUAUCAUAAAACGGAAUACUGUGAACAAAUUUAUUUCAGUAUAUCCAGUUUAAUAUAAUUAUCUAAUACAAAAAGCCAAGACGCGGAUUUACUAAUAAAUGUUGUCUUGGUGGAACUGAAAAGGCUGAAGAUAUUCUAUAAGUAACAUUCCUAUUCUACAGGGAAAACUAGUUUGAAAAAAUAAAUAAAUAAAUAACUACAAUUACUCUUUUUUUUUCUUUUUUUUUAAAAUACAGAAUAAAUACAGAAUAAUAACCAUUUAUAAGGAAAUAUUGAUAUGAUAACAGUCACAAGCAAUAAAAUAAUGUUUGCUUUACUCAACUUUAAAUAUGAAAUUAGAUUUCCAGAAAUAUGACCUCGAAGCCAGUGUAAUAAAUUUACAAUUAAGCAACAAUUUUACUGAAUUAGUAACGAAACAAUUAUUUUUAAAUUUGCUAUAUGAAUCUUUUGUUAUAGAAGAUUUUGGUGAAAAUACAACAGAUCUCGCUGGGACAGUCGAUCCGUUCAGUAUAAUACUAAAUAUUUAAACAAUCAAUAUUAAAAUCAUCAUGAAAUUGUUUGAAUAGCUAAUAAUAUAUGGAUAACACAUAGUAACUCUUUUUAUUUAGGUUAAGCAAAAACAAUUUUCUUGCCAUAAAUAUAUCAGAACAUUUUGUUUCUGGGUUCUAUGAGAACUAGAGAAUAAAAAAUAUUUUUGAAAAAGGUUGCCCCAGGACAUCAGACUUUAAAACGUCUCAAAGUCUCUGUGUGUGUGUGUGUGUGUGUGUGCAUAUGUGUAUAUAUAUAUAUAUAUAUAUAUAUAUAUAUAUAUAUAUAUAUAUAUAUAUAUAUAUAUAUAUAUGGUUUGAGGUUUUAUUUUUAUGAGUUAUAUCCGGCUAAAAUGAGGAAACAAACGGUUAAAACAAAUCAAUAUUGGCAGAGCGUCUGGAAAUCUUACAGGGGCCCUCAAGCGGACACAGUGUUGACCCCUGCACGAGCGCACACACUCUGCUAUUAGUGCGUGGCCGUGACCAUGAGCUGAACUCGCAAAGAUUCCCGUGGAUGUUUACAUGAUCUCAGGGGCUACACAUGAGCAGAGCAAAGUUAUCACACUCUUACUCAGUCAAUGUUUCUCAGGGCAAGUGUAUCACUGACACACAAUUUAAAUUAAUGACUACAAAAAACAUUAACAAAUUACCAAUUCUCUUAUUAAUUAAUUGGUUAUUGACUAUUAAAUAUCUGUAUAACACACUUCCUUUCCUGUAUGUUGUCACGCUGGACAGAACCUACCAUCAAACAGUCUGAGUUAAGUUUCGCCAUAUCAUUGUAAGCCUAAGUAAAUCGUAUAAACACUGUAAAAACUGGUAAUUACCUUAAAGCGCUAUGCUAUCUGAUUUGACAAAUAAAAUGCUUUGUUGGUAUAAAUUAUUGUAUUUUGGUUGAUCCAGCGAUAUAGAUAACACAUUGUUUAUUAUCUGUAAAAACAAUUAAUUUAAUUAUUACCAUUUUUGUAGUGCAACCAUACAAAUCAUGUAUCGAAAUCAUGCGUGGUUUUGGGAAACUCCAUAAUUUUCUUGCGCUGUAGGCUGUAUUUUGCCGUAACGAUUGGUCUAAGUCGGAUCUAGUUCUCUACUUGCAAAAUUCCCUUAUUAUUAUUAUUAUUAUUAUUAUUAUUAUUAUUAUUAUUAUCAUUAUUAUUAUUUUUAAGAUUCCCCAAAAUGCACUUAACAUGAACGUGCGAGCACGAGCUUUCUGCUAAAAUGUAAAAAAUAGGGACUUGAAGCAAUAGCUGCUAUGGAACGGCAACGGCGUUCUGGCAUUCUACUGCGCGUGCGCGACUUCAACUGUAACUUCAUGAUGUUGUAAUGUAAGCGUAUUCUACAGAAUAGCUGAUGUGCCGUAGUAAGUAAAUGUUAAGUUUAAUGGUAUUUGGCAUUGUAAUUGUAUCUGUAUAUCAUUUAAUGCCAAAAUCAACCCUUCUCUUGCUUUUUUAAAUGACAUUUUUUUGUACUUGUCAAAUCAUUAAAUGAUCCAUUAUCAUCUUUAUUUGUUGCUUAGUGAUUUGGCUACUGCAGUCAACACUUUAUUUCCUGCAGCCGUUGCCAUUCUUUCAGCAGUUGCUGCUUAAAGUCCAUAUUGGUCUACAACGUUACCUGUAUAAUAUUAAUUAUAAUACAGCAAAUUAAUUAUAAUAU